AUGUCAGACACAACCCUCAAGGCAUCUGAAGCCUCCGGACCUCGGGCUGUAGUUACAGAUCAAGCUUCUUCUGGUCCUGUUGUUGAAGGCCCCACCGAUUCCUCUUUUGGUGAGCACAAUCUUAGCUUCACCACCACAGACCUCAGCCUGGUGGAGAUGACAGAAAUAGAAUACACACAACUUCAACAUAUACUCUAUUCCCAUAUGGAAGCCCAGUCAAAUGAAAACGAAGUGGAAAGUAGGUUAAACUUGAAUUGCUUCUCAACCAACAAUGCUGCGAAUCAGUCCCAUUACUUGUCAUCAUCUAGUAGCAGUCAAGGUGGCUUCUCAUCAAACAGCUCUGGAAACCAGUCUCUCUACCCCAUUAUCUGCCAGUCUGGCUUGACUUCUGACAGCAGUUUCACAGGCCCUAAUCAGUGUCUAGGGCAUAUUGACUUUCAAGAGCUAAGGAUGAUGUUGCUUAGUGAAUCUAGCCUACCACCAGGCCAAGCUGAAAAAGCACCCAAUGGGAACUCCAUAGAUAUCAAUGGGCAAAAUUUAGUAAAAUUAAAAUGUAGUGAAACAUCGGGCAGCGUUAAUAAAGAAAAUGUAGUUGCAGAAACUUUAGCAGCAGUUCCUGAAUCCAGAACCAAAUCUGCAGUCCGUGUUCGGUUAGAAGACAGAUUCAACAGUCUCCAGACUGAAAUUCCCAGGUGCCAAGAAACUCAAGAAACUGGAGUAGCCCUUAACAAUUUAGUAACCCUCAUUCGCCAUCCUUCAGAAGCGAUGGGUGUUCCUCUCCACCAGCAGCAGAACAAAUGUACUGCUUUAGUGAAAAAUAGGACUGCUGCUACUGCUACCACCGCGUUGCAAUUCACAUGUCCGGUCUUUACACCAAACACUGCUUCUCUUGCAACAGGAAACACCAAUGCUGCACAAGCGCAGAGCUCUGGAUCCAGUGUUGUAGAAACAGUCAAACAUCAAGACCUUGCAUUGCCUCGAGCUUUUUCUGUGUGUUACCAGCAAGAAAUUGAAACUAGCAAACAAACAGUUGGUGCCAGAAAUAAAGCUGUACCUGAGCAUGUUUGGAUUAAAUUGGGAGGAGAGACUUUGUGUAAGCAGUCGAUAAACAGAAGAAGUCGUAGUCGUAUCCAUCCCUUGGAUACCAACAUACAGCGCAGGCCUCUUGGUGACAUUCAGAAUGUGUGUGAGAAUCAAAAUGCAGCUCCAGCUCAGAGUUCAUGGCAGCCGGUCCAGCCAGCCCAAAAUACACACAACGGAAGCCAAGGCAGCGUCUCCCAACGCCGGGAGAGGCACAACCGGAUGGAAAGAGACAGAAGGCGCAGAAUCAGGAUUUGCUGUGAUGAGCUGAAUCUUCUAGUUCCAUUCUGCACUUCAGACACUGACAAGGCAACAACCUUACAAUGGACAACGGCAUUUCUAAAAUAUAUUCAAGAGCGACAUGGAGAUUCUCUGAAAAAGGAAUUUGAAACUGUAUUCUGUGGUAAAACAGGCAGAAGGCUAAAAUUAACAAGAUCAGAUCCCAUAGCAACCUGUGCAGUCCAGGAGAUCACACAGAAUAGUACAUCUACGGACAUGAAAUAA